CAGUAAAAUAAAUCUUUUUGAGGUUGAAAAUGCGGAAACUGCUUGCGUGCUUUGCAGUGCUACUUCUUAGCUGUAGCUUCGCACACUCAGAAGGUGAACUGAAGUCUGAAAAUCAGAUCAGAUCUGUUGACUCAUCCCGGGGAAUCGGAUGGGUGUUUGACUUCAUUAAGAACUUCCUCGGAUACGCCACUAUUCUGCUGCCCGGAUACUUGAUCAUAAAAUAUGUGCGAAACUCGGGCUACCUAGAAACGGCUGUCAGUCGGGGAGUUUUCUACAAUGCAGUCAAAGUUUGCGUUCAGGGCAAUGAUCUGGAGGUGGUUUUGGGCGUGCCAACAAAGGGCGAGGAGCGUGCGAAGUCUAACUUUGAAAAAGGCGUCAUUUUAGUGAUAUGUGCCAGUGGAUUACAAGUGUCCUACUUGACGUGGGGUGUUUUGCAAGAACGAAUCAUGGCCCACAGCUAUGGCGAGACACCUACUAGUUCCGGAGAGAAGUUCGCCAACUCGCAGUUUUUGGUGUUUGUGAACCGGAUCUUGGCUUUUAUGACGGCGGCUGCAGUUUUGUGGUACCAACGGCCGCCUAAAGUUGGGGUGCCAUUCUACAAAUAUAGUUAUUGUUCGCUCAGCAACAUUCUGAGUAGUUGGUGCCAGUAUGAAGCUCUGAAGUAUGUCAGUUUCCCAACACAAGUUCUAGCCAAGGCUUCCAAAGUGAUUCCAGUGAUGAUGAUGGGCAAGAUUGUGUCGAAGAAUGUGUAUGAGUUGUACCAGUAUGUGACAGCUGUCUUGAUUUCCAUCGGAAUGACUAUGUUUCUGCUGACCGAGGGUGUUAACGAUAAAGGACACAACUCCUCCGAAACCACCUUUGCAGGCGUGGUGAUUUUGAUUGGCUACAUGUCUUUCGACAGCUUCACGUCUAACUGGCAGGGCGAGCUGUUCAAGAGCUACAAGAUGAGCUCAAUCCAAAUGAUGUUCGGGGUGAACUUGUUCUCCUGUCUCUUCACCAUCUGGUCCCUCAUCACUCGCGGCGAUUUCCUCACCUCUGUCCUGUUCAUGCUCAAGUAUGAACAGUUUCUGUUCCACUGCAUUGUCCUCUCCAUCUGUUCCGCCACCGGACAGUUGUUCAUCUUCCAGACUAUCUCUCGUUUCGGCCCAAUCGUCUUCACAAUCAUCAUGACGCUGAGACAGAUGUUUGCGAUUCUGUUGUCCUGUUUCAUAUACAACCACGAGCUGGCUCUGCUCGCUUGGAUGGGGGUGUUGGUGGUGUUCUGUGCUCUCUUCCUCGAGAUUUACAGCAAGGAUAGGGUGCGAAGGCGGAAAGCGAAAGGGGGCAAAAUGGUGAACUGCGGCAGUGGGUUUGUACAUAUGUUUCCUUCUCACUUCUUCUUCUUCUUCACUCGAACUUGAUAGAGCCUCACACGAGUGCAGUGCAGUGGCAGGACAACUCUUUUCUUUCCUUUCCUUUCGGGUUGGCAGAGGGCGAGAGGAGAAAACUACUUUUCCACCAUUGCUGUGUAACUGUACAUAUCAAUCACAUGAACUCCAUGCUCAAUAGCACUAUCAUGUUUGUAAAGGUUAAGUCACCAGUGGAUAUUAGUAAUUGUAAAAAGAUAGUUGAGUCCUUUUUGGUGUUGAUUUAUCCUCCAAUCCAAUUGGAAUUAUGAUUAUUGAAACAGUAAUUACAAGUUGGCCUCGUUUGAAAGAAAGAAAGAAGUUAUUGACAACAGUUACUUGAAACCAAUUGUGUCCCAAAAUGAAUUGUUUACUAGACGGACGAGGCUG